AUGCUCGUGGGCUUCACGACUGCUAGUAGAGUUCUUGUCGAGCAGGGCGGAACCUCCCUCAACACCAUCACCCCUUCCUUGGCGACGGUCUCUCGCUACCAAGACCUCCAUUUCUUCUCGAGUCAGGCCAGCGUCACUGUACGGCGGUUUCCUCGUGUUGACUUGCGGCAGACGGGCCAUGUUUCUCACAGUUGGCCGGGGAUCAAGUUCAACACCAUCACCCCUUCCUUGGCUACGGUAUUUUGCCCCAAAACCUCCAUCUCGUCUCCGGACGCGAUCGAAGUUCUGCCCAAGGUCCACGCCACUCGCGGCAGGGAAGUCCUCGAGGACGAGGUCGUGACCCCAAUGGGGUGGGAUCGCUGGAUGAUCGACAUCGCAGCCACGAGAAUCGGGUGGCCACUCUGGGAUGGCAGGAUGUGCCUUAGAGAUGCCAGACACAAGACGGCUCCAACUCCCCUUAUUACCCCGGCGCGCGCCCUCAAGUUCAGGGUCGCCUUCCCCAGCGUCACUGUGGUGAAUCCGGAUCGGGACCUCCACGCCGGCGGCUCAUGGCCUCGCCUACCGGAACAGACGUACUGUCAAUGGGGACUGCGUGAUGCUGCCGUGCAGCAUCAUUGUUUGGGGCAGCCGGCGCCGCAGUAG